GCCCCGCCCGCUAGUCACUGCUACGACGCAGCCCAGCCACCCAGCAGCACAGGAGGGUUCCUUGGAGAAGACAUUCCAUCUGUACUUUUCUUCGUUUACUUCAAACCAAGACUACAGAGAACAUGGCAGCCACCAAGGAGAAGCUGGUGAAGCACGUGAUGGAGGGAGAGCACGUGGGCUCCAGGAACAAGGUCACCGUGGUGGGUGUUGGCAUGGUGGGCAUGGCCUCCGCCGUCAGCAUCCUCCUCAAGGACCUGUGCGAUGAGCUGGCUCUGGUUGAUGUGAUGGAGGAUAAGCUGAAGGGUGAGGUCAUGGACCUUCAGCACGGAAGCCUCUUCCUCAAGACUCACAAGAUCGUGGCAGACAAAGACUACAGCGUGACAGCCGGCUCCAGACUGGUGGUGGUCACCGCCGGAGCUCGUCAGCAGGAGGGCGAGAGCAGACUCAACCUGGUGCAGAGGAAUGUCAACAUCUUCAAGUUCAUCAUCCCCAACAUCGUCAAGUACAGCCCCAACUGCAUCAUCAUGGUGGUCUCCAACCCCGUGGACAUCCUGACCUAUGUGACCUGGAAGCUGAGCGGUCUGCCCAAGCACCGCGUCAUCGGCAGCGGCACCAACCUGGACUCUGCCCGUUUCCGCCACUUGAUGGCUGAGAAGCUCCACCUGCACCCCAGCAGUUGCCACGGCUGGAUCGUUGGAGAGCACGGAGACUCAAGCGUGCCUGUGUGGAGUGGCGUCAACGUUGCUGGAGUUUCCCUCAAAGAGCUGCACCCCGAAAUGGGCACAGACAACGACAAAGACAACUGGAAGGCCGUCCACAAGGCAGUGGUCGACGGUGCUUACGAGGUGAUCAAACUGAAGGGCUACACCUCCUGGGCCAUUGGCAUGUCUGUGGCCGACCUGGUGGAAUCCAUCACCAAGAACCUGCACAAGGUGCACCCUGUCUCCACCCUGGUGAAGGGCAUGCACGGCGUGAAGGAUGACGUCUUCCUCAGCGUCCCCUGCGUGCUGGGCAACAGCGGUCUCACGGAUGUCAUCCACAUGACCCUGAAGCCUGACGAGGAGGCUCAGCUGCAGAAGAGCGCCGAGACCCUGUGGGGCGUGCAGAAGGAGCUGACGCUCUGAAGAGCCGGGCUCUGAGCUUGGAAUCCACCGGCCCUCCCUCCCCCGCGUCAACACUCCUCCCGUCAUCAAUUCAUCCUUGUUAUGUCAUCCACACCGUAUGGUUCCAUCUCAGCAGCAGCAACUAUCAAAAAAAAAACAAGCAGCAAUCAUCUGCGUAACAAAAUAGACUCCCAACUCCUUCCCCUCUCUUCCUUCAAUAUAAUCUCCCUCCAUAUUCAGUCAACCCAUCCCAGAUUUUGAAACACAGCUCCUCAGCAGUUUCCAGGCAUCUCAAGGCAACACCUUAUAUUUGUAUCUGUAGGGCUUAAUGCAGCCUGCAGUGUAGUUACGUGUAUCACCGCACAAACUGCCCCUCAUGCUGUCUGCAUAACAUAAGCCAUCACAGGGGCCCCAUGUACUGCUCUGUAUUGUACUAUGUGUGUACUAUGUGUUGCACUUUGUCUUCCUCACACUCCAUGCCACAUUGGGUUAAAAAAGCUUAUAAGGGAACGCCUUGAGAGGUUUGUGUGUGCUGGAGAGUUAUGUAUAGUAUUAAGUAUUGCUCCUCGUCGGUGUCCAUGUUGUCUUUCUUUGAGCUCGGCAAAUCAUUCCAUACUCUUUUGGUCGUUAAGGCUGACGCUCUACGAUGCCCAUGGCGAUCCAUCUUCUGGAAGCAUCUGAGAUUCAGUUACUGUACCUCGAAUGCAAACAACUCCCAUCUCUGCCUCUGACCUCUACAAAAAGGCUUGAAACAAAAGUGCACUCUGCUGUACUAGAAGCAAACCACAAGUGCAUUGAUAUAUGACUGCGAGGAAGUCUGACCAUCAUUAUAAAAAGCUUUGGACAUUGACGGUUACUGAAAAAAGAAAACAAAAGGCUGAAGUACAGGAGACAACCCAGGUGAAGCCAUGGCUUUCUGUCAUACCAAGGGGACUUGAAUUGUUAGAGCUCACCUCAAGUAUGUACGUAUGCACUGUGUUAAAUAUUAAAAAAAGAGACAAAGAGCCGAUGUCAUUAGCAAUUUGUGUAAAUGUUUACCUUGUCCGUUUGGCUGAAGGUCAUCUUCUGCUUGUGUAAACAAGAUUCUAAGAACUUAAUGGAAAAAACGAGUACGGUACUGUUGCUCCAAUGCCUCUGAUGCCAUGUUGGGGUAUCUGAUGGCAGUUUUGACUGGUGAACCUAGACAGCCGUAUACUUGUUCUGCAUUUUGUGGCAGACUGGUUAGGUACACCUCUGUUCGAUUUGGACAACAAAUAAACUUCCAGUACAAUGACUACUAAAA